UUCCCAGCAAUGGCAUUGUUACCAGUGUUGCUGUUCCUGGCUGCUGUGUUGCUCCCAUUAUUUCCUGCAAAUGGACAGGAUCCAAGUUUUGGUGCUCUGUUAACCACCAAAGAAGAAGUCCAAAAAGAGAUUGUAGAUAAACACAAUGACCUAAGGAGAACAGUCUCUCCACCUGCCAGUAACAUGCUGAAGAUGGAAUGGGACAGCAAGGCAGCAACAAAUGCCCAAAAUUGGGCAGACAAGUGCCUUCUCAGACACAGUAGAAGUGAGGAUCGAGUAGUCGGUAUGCACUGUGGUGAGAAUCUCUUUAUGUCAAGUAGACCUAUUUCAUGGUCACAUGCAAUCCAAGGUUGGUAUGAUGAGGUCCGUCAUUUUACCUAUGGCGUAGGGAAAAAUCAUCCCAAUGCAGUAGUUGGACAUUAUACUCAGGUUGUUUGGUACUCGUCUUACCGUGUUGGAUGUGGAAUUGCCUAUUGUCCUAAUCAAAAAUCACUAAAAUACUACCAAGUUUGCCAAUAUUGUCCUCCUGGUAAUUUUGUUGGCAAAGAACGUACCCCUUACCUAGAAGGAAAACCUUGUGCCAGCUGCCCUAAUCACUGUGACAAUGGACUAUGCACCAAUAGUUGCGAAUAUGAUGAUGUCUAUUCUAACUGUAAAGAUUUGGCAAAAAAGAUUGGCUGCAAACGCACUCUCACCAAGAAUAGUUGCAAGGCUGCCUGCCAGUGUCCUGACAAAAUUUAUUAA